UCUCUUGAGUGUAUGCAUGGUUGACUUUUUGUUUGGCAGUGGGCAUCCUUUUUGAACCAUGGCUGGCUCAUAUUGUUGUUGUAACUGAGUAUUGCUGUUGCACAGGAUGCAUACAUCCAAAGCCGGGCUGACACCAUGGCAAGCAUUGAGAGCACCAUUGUGGAGCUGGGCUCCAUCUUCCAGCAGCUGGCACACAUGGUCAAGGAGCAAGAGGAGAUGGUGCAAAGGAUCGAUGCCAAUGUGGAGGACACAUCGCUAAAUGUGGAGGCUGCACACUCGGAGAUCCUGCGCUACUUCCAGUCGGUGACCUCUAACCGGUGGCUCAUGAUCAAGGUGUUUGCCGUGCUCAUUGUGUUCUUCAUCAUCUUUGUUAUCUUUGUUGCGUGAAACAAGAUGCAGGAAGUGCUCAGUCAAGCAGCCUCAACUUUCCAGGAACAUCACAAAUACAGAGAAUAAUAACAUGUAUAAAAAUAGACAAUAAACUUUUAUUUGUAAGUCC